AUGUCGACGUCAGUACUCGGUAAGCGCAGGCGGAGGACCUUGAAAUCCUGCAUUCCCUGUCAUCGGCGAAAGAGGAAAUGCGAUAGGAAGUAUCCGUGUACUAUGUGUACUGCUUGCGAGUACAAUUGUAUGUAUGAAAGCAAUAACAGCAAUGGCAUCGACACGAGCGAGCCAAAGACUGACCCCCCGGACAUUGCUUUAAAUGCCGUCAAGCCUACUCGUUCUCCGAUGCCAGUUAAGCCCAUCGAUUCACGCAUUGAUUCUGGGUCGGCGGACCGUGUUAGCUUAGACGACCACAGCACUACAUACGCGCGAUCAUCAACGGCCAGGAUCUUCCCACAUAUCCUCAGCAGGAACCUAGGCUCUUCCGACGCCAACAACACUGCUUCCCAUUCGUUCGCCUACAAUUUCGGAACUCGUCCAGAAGAAGCAUCCCUUAACUAUGGUCUACUAAGCGAUCUCAUCUCUAAAGAAGAUCUCGCAUCAUAUUCUAGCGUAUACUUCGCGAAACUCAGUGCAGUUGGCGAUUUCAUCGAUCCGAGAAUCUACACCCAGAGAUGCAAGGACUAUUACCAGGAUGAUGUAAUUACCACCGCCAGCACCUCUUUCAUCUUCGGCGCCGUAGCUGCUGGUAUCGCCGCUCUCGGCUCAUUCUUGUCACCCACCAAGCACUCGUGCGAGGCUGAUCUCGUCCAGUAUGCAAAAUCCAUACUCGAUGACCCGCCUCCAAGCAAGUUGGGUGUUGAUAUAGCAUAUGCUCUUCGAGUGUUCUUCUUGCGUGCCACAGCCCGCCCGACUAAAGCUUGGAUUGCAUCGUGCACUGCCUUACAUCUAUGUGAGGCUAUCACGUGGGCGGGUUACACCUUGCUCUCCUAUGAGUAUAAUCGUUCUCCUGUGUUCUUUCGAACGGUCACUACUCGAGACAUUAUACCAGCGACUGGGUCCGUUGCCGACCAAUUCGUGCGCAUAGCGCAGAUCAUUCCUGGUCCCAACUCACCUUUGAAACUUACAAGUCAGCCUAGAACUGAGACAGAGGAACUGUUUGAGCGUCUUAUAGCAUUGCAAAAGAUCAAUCUCAGCGAUCCACUCCUACUCAUCACCAGAGCAGACCUAGCGUUUUGCUUCUAUCGACGAGCUUAUCAGCUGAGAAUGGGCAUUUCCGACGAUUUCGUUCAGCUUGUCAUAGACAAUGGCAAUGUCGCCGUGGACGCUGGAGCACAGCUCAGCAAGGUGGCCUUCUUCUGGAACAUCAUAGGCAGUGUCUUCCACUACGCUUGCAUCCUCUUAGCAAUUGACACGCCCAAGGCUUCAGCACAGAUCCCGUCUGCUUUCAAAGCUCUACAGAACCUCGUCAUGGCUGCUGACACAAAGUCAACCCGCGAUGCGUUCUCUAUGAUCCAACAUUUGCUCGAUCUUCACUUGGAAAGGAAACGAAAGGAGUUUGCACAAUUGGAACCAGUACAUUCCAGCUAUCAAUCUAUUCAGGCGCAACCAGAGCAGCCUGACGCCGAUGCCAUUCUCAACUUGCCCGAGUUCGGCUACGGGAUCGACUGGGAUCAGUUCCUCCUGGAGCCGUACCUACCCCUUCUUGGCAGUGAGGUCCAAAUUUGA